UUCAAAUUCAACGUUACCCGCGAGUACAAGCAUAACGUCAAAGGCUGCGACUUCCACGCUCUGGCCAAAAAGCACAAGGUCACAUCGUCGAUGGUCCGCGACUGGGUUAAAAAUCAAGACAAACUACAACAAGCAUCUAAAGACCGCCAAGUGGGUACACGCGUGGCUUGCCGAAUGCCUGGAGCCGGACGCAAGGCGCAGCAUCACGACCUCGAGGAACGGCUUCAUAGCUGGAUUGUCGACCGCAAUAACAAGGGAUUGAGGGUCAAAGACAAAUAUAUCAGACUCCAAGCGCUGAGUAUUUAUCGCUCGCAGCACAACGAUGAGAGGACGACCCGCACCUGA